GUGAAAAGUCGCCCACACCGUGUCCACAGCGACGGCGACCCUUGCGAGGACAAUGGUGCUUUAUUCCCCAGAUCGGGUGCUUCCCCGCGCCCGGAUUUCAUGAAAAGCAGACCGGUGGCCAGUGGAAGUCUAUCAAUUCAGAAUUUCCCUUUCCUUCAGUCCACUUCAGCUGCCACCAGUGGCGGCAUUGUCGUUCCCUUUUUUUUUAACUUUUUCUAUUGCUGGUCAUCCUCUGUCUUUGUAGCAUUUAAAUUCCCUCUCUGGUAUAGUGUCACUUUGAUCUUCUGUUGCAUUUACGUUGCCUGCGAUGCUACCAGCCAAAGCUUAUGUCUUCAUCGGUCUCAAUGCUGUCCGCACUCUUAGCAUUAUCGCUCUUCUUUUGGUUUUCUCUAGCAGCAUCCUGGUGAUGGUCGAUGACAUCGAGGCAGUCAACGCAUUUGUCGAUGGCGGGAGCAACUCGACCUUCACAAUUAACUCUGACUACAUACAAAAUAGUACAGUUCCUAAUCAGCCAGCUGGCGUGUUUUGGGCAGUAUUGAACCGGUUGUUGAUAAUUGGACAGACCGUCGUUUUGAUUCUUUCAGAACUAGGCUGGCCCGCGGGGUUCUUUGAUUACUACUUCCCCGUUCUCGGGAGUGACUUUGGACUAGGUGCUCUUGGAGUGAUGCAAUGUUUGAUAGGAGCUUCUGUUCUUUCUCACUUUGUCAAAGUCUUCCCCCUCGUCUCCGGUUUCUUCCUCUUUUCCAUCGGCUGUCUCAACAUGCUAAUCGGCCUUAUCUUCCGAGAACGUGCCAAGUCUACACGUUCCAUAUUAUCAUUCCGGGACCGAGCAGAUGACAUGCUGUCAUCACUCGAUAAAACCAAAGAAAUACCGUUCAGCAAAUAUAGGAUGGAUCGAGACGCAGAGAUGGGCGUGGGCGUCAAAGAACCGGAUACUGCGCACGCUCGCACUUAGGUGUAUGAUGAAUACUAUCGUUCCCCAAUUCCCGCCAGUAUUUAAUA